AUGUCCGAAUACUUGUCGCUUGGUCACAUGUCGGUGGCCGCCACUCUAGGGCGAUACAUUAUCCCCCAUCAUGCAGUUUGUCAACAGUCCAACGGUGGUUUAAAGAUCCGGGUCGUGUUCGACGCUUCGGCCACGGCUCACGACGGGACGUCGUUAAAUAAUUGUCUCCACCAGGGUCCUAAGCUUCAACAGGAUAUUGUGGACAUCUUGACUCGAUUCCGGGUACACAAGCUGGCGUUCACUACGGACAUUUGCAAAAUGUAUCGGAAAGUCUUAGUGUCGCCCGAGUACCGUCCACUCCAACACGUGUUGUGGCGAGCGACUCCGCAAGACCAACUCGUUGAGUAUGAGUUGAAUACGGUGACGUACGGCUUGAAUUGCACUCCGUUCUUAGCGCUCCGCGUGUUAUCUGCCAUCGCUGAUGAAGACUGA